GCACCUCAACGAUGCCUGCAUCGCCCAUGCAUCCAUCCACCGGAGACCUCAGCCCAUCCUUUCCUUCCCUUGAUCCCCUCGCCUUUCUUCUUGUAUAUAAACCACCCAAACUGCACCUGUCCGCGCAAGAGCAAGUGACGACUAGACCGACUAAUCCGACUCCCUAGCUCCCACACUACCACCAUCCCACCAUCUUUAAAAAGCCCCCACCACUACAUCCUGCGCUGCAAACGCCUCGCCUCUCCUCGCCUCUGUUCAGCUCACGGUGGAAGAGGAGGCGACAGGCCGACAGCACACGAGAGGGAGCUAGCACUAGCAGAAGCGCGCGAAGGAGCUCAAGCAGCCACACGCCGACCAGCACCACCGCGCGAUGGCGUGCAUCAACAUGUACAACCCAGACGGCGCGGCGGGGUUCGGCGGCGGCCCGCAGCAGCCGGCCGCGCUGGGCCCGCGCAUCUCCUUCUCCAGCGACUUCGCCGUGGAGCCGACGCCGGUGCAGAACCGGGCGACGAGCCUGCGGUGCCAGGAGGAGGACCUCAACUUCGAGUUCUCCGUGGGCAGCCACCCCAUGAUGGCCGCCGACCAGCUCUUCUCCAAGGGCAGGAUCCUUCCCCUCAAGGACAACGGCGGCGGCAGUGUCUGCUUCGCUGCCGCGCGGCCGCCCACCACGCUGCGCGACGAGCUCCGUGGCGGCGGCGACGACGACGACGAGAGGGCGGCCUUCUCCGCCGCCGGCACCAAGGGGUCCAACUCCAACCGGUGGAAGGAGAUGCUCGGCCUGCGGAAGGCGCUCUGCGUCGGCGUCGGCGGCGGCGGCAACGGCAGUCCGGCCAAGAAGGCUAGCAGCAGCGACAAGCAGGGCGUCGUUGCCGCCGCUGCCCCCGGCCCCGACGACCACAUGGCCGCGUCCAAUCAGGAGCAGCUAUCAUGAUGAGGCGACCGUACCGACGGGAGACUGGGACUGGGAGAGAGAGACGACGAGACAGCCAUGGGAUGGGAGCACUCCACAUGCGUGAACAAGCUUUAAAAUUUUGUCAUCCCUCCUUCCGAUCAUCCUUCCUGAUGCUGUUGAUCGAUCAACCACUUGAAUCAUGCUUGUCAUCAUCGGUCCAUGCCUCCAUGGUCUAGUAGGUUCUGUAAAUUGUUGUGAGUUUGCUUGUGUGCUAGCUAGCUAGGUGGCCCGGCCCGGCCGUUGAAAAGUGCCAAAAAAAAAAUACAUGUGUAUUUUCCCUGCAUGCAUACUCGAUCUAAGUGCUCUGAUGAUCUUCUCUCUA